AUGACCAGAGUUCUUGCAGGACCAUAUUGCACCCAAAUCCUUGGCGACCUCGGUGCCGAAGUUAUCAAGAUCGAACAUCCAACUCGUGGAGACGACACGAGAGCAUGGGGUCCUCCGUAUGCCUCAUAUACGGAAUCGAGCGGCAAGCAAGGCUCAGGAGAGAGUGCCUACUUUCUCGCAGUAAAUCGAAACAAAAAGUCCAUCGGUCUAUCUUUCCAAAAUCCAGCAGGUGUCGACAUUUUGCACAAAUUGGCAAAGGACUGCGAUGUUCUGGUCGAGAAUUAUCUUCCUGGAGCGUUGAAGAAGUAUAACUUGGACUAUGAGAGCAUUCGCAAAGUCAAUCCAAACCUCAUCUACGCCAGCAUCACUGGUUAUGGACAGACUGGGCCUCUCCGUGCGAAGGCUGGCUACGAUGUUAUGGUGGAAGCCGAAAUGGGCCUCAUGCAUAUCACUGGCCACAGAGAUGGUCCUCCGGCCAAGGUCGGCGUUGCUGUGACCGAUCUCACAACCGGUCUCUACACAUCAAACUCCGUCAUGGCCGCUCUCAUCGCUCGAGGAAAGACAGGCAAAGGCCAGCACCUCGAUGUCUGUCUAGCAGACUGCCAAAUCGCAACUCUCGCCAACCUAGCAAGCUCAUGCCUGAUCAGCGGCAAGCCAGACACAGGCCGCUGGGGAACCGCUCAUCCCUCAAUCGUGCCAUACAAAGCCUUCAAGACCAAAGAUGGAGACAUCUUGCUUGGCGGCGGUAACGAUCGACUCUACGGUAUCCUUUGCAACAAGAUUGGAAAACCAGAACUGGCGGAGGAUAAGAAGUACAAGACCAAUGCUGACAGAGUGAAGUCGAGGGUGGAGCUCGAGGAGAUCAUCGAGACUGCUACGAAGACGAAGACCACUCAAGAAUGGCUUGACAUCCUGGAAGGAAGCGGUAUGCCAUAUGCACCCAUCAACGAUGUCAAGACGACGCUGGAGCAUGAUCAUUCAAAAGCUCGCGGCAUGGUAACAGAGGUCGACCAUCCUUCCUGUGGCCCCAUGAAGCUUGUCUCACCUCCAGUCAAGUUCUCAGAGUCAAAGCCAAGUAUAAGGAGCGCGCCGCCGACGCUAGGGCAACAUACAGAUGAUGUAUUGUCGAGCUUGCUGGGGAUGAGCGGCGGCGAAAUAGAGGCGCUGAAGAAGGAUGGUGUUAUCUCAUAG